UCUAAGAUGCAGCUCUCUCUUGCCAUUGGCCAGCAAUAAUUAUAGGCACACUCCGGGGAGAGAGCAGACACUUGGAGCAUAAAUUAUGCAAAUGAAGGAGAGUGCAGCACGGGGCAGACCUGAUGCCUUGGUUCAUUCAUCCCGCAAGGCAUGGGGGGCUAGGGGGGGGCUCUAUUGUUUUACAGGGUAUAUAAGGAGUCUGAGGCCAGUCGUGUGCCAAACUCACGGCUCGCACGAGCUGAUCGCAGGCGAGAUCACUUCAAAGACAAGAGCAGGCGCGUGUCCCCACCCCACCCCCCUUUUCUUGGGAGCCGCCAAGAGCUGAAGUUGGUCCUGACUUCGCCAACCCUUGGAAACUUUCUCCCCCGCCCCUGGAUUGCAUCUCUGAGCCUUUGCACGAUGCCCUCUGCCCCGGAGACCCGCUACUCCGCCGCGGAGAACAGCGGCGACGUAUCCUCCUGCCUGGACAGCAGCCUGCGAGCCCCGUCCGAGCCCUCGCCGGGGCCGGGGCCGGGGCCGAGCCCGGAGGAGGAGCCGGGGCGGCGCCGGCGGCGGCGGGGCCGCUGCCGGGCGCGGAGCGAGGCGGCCCUGCACACGCUGCGGAGGAGCCGGCGGGUGAAGGCGAACGACCGGGAGCGGAACCGCAUGCACAACCUCAACGCGGCGCUGGACGAGCUGCGCGGCGUCCUGCCCACCUUCCCCGAGGACACCAAGCUGACCAAGAUCGAGACGCUGCGCUUCGCCUACAACUACAUCUGGGCCCUCUCCGAAACCCUGCGCCUGGCCGACCAGCGCCUCCACAAAGCCCCGCCGCCCCGGGACCGGCUGCUGCGGCCCGGCUACCUGAGCCCCGCCGGCCCGCCCAGCCCCGGCAGCGAUGCGGGCUCCUGGCUCUCCACCGCCUCCCCGUCCCUGUCCGCCUGCACGUCCAACCCCAGCAGCCCGGCCACCUCCGAGGACUAUGGCUACGGGCCCCCCGAGCCCCUCUUCGCCUGCCACGGCCUCCCCGGGGAGCUGCUGCGGAGCGGCCCCUGCUGCGCCCGGUAUCCCCCGGCGGGCGCCGCCCUGUGACCCGGCCCCACGUGCGGGGCCUCCCUGCACCGCCCCCUGGAGUUUCACUUUCGGUUUAGCUGGGGUCGGGGCAGGCGGCGCCCCCAGGGGGGCAGGGCCGGGGGCUAGCCGCUCUGGGGGUCGUGGUGUGAUGGGCGAUGCAGGCAGAGAGCCAGGUCCCUCUGCAGCCAGCGGGCUAUUGUCCGUGGGACGGGCAGGGCAGGGCGAGAGCUGCUCACCUCGCGGGGCUGGGCGCUGCUCUCCUUCCCAAGCCCCACCUGGCUCCAAAGGCAGCAGGAGCCAGCUCCCGUUGGGGUGGGGUUGGGGGGUGGGUUUUCUCCCCCGCCCCCGUUUGCACUUUUCUGAACUCCACAGACCCUCCUUUGUUGCUUCCCUUCCCACUGACCGGCGCCCCCCGCUUCAAUAUGAUUUAGAAAGGAGAAGAAAAGGGACAGAUUUGCUGCUGCAGACGAGGUGAAAAGUCAAUUUUACAAUUUGUAGAACUCUAAUGAAGAAAAAUGAGCAUGAAAAUUUGGUUUGAACGCCCUGACAAUACAAUGAAAAGGCUUAAGGAGCUGAUCCUGCCGGGUGCACAGCACCCCCUGCCGGGCGCUCAGCGCACACAACCCCCUUUGGCUCCAAUAACAUCGGAGAGGGCUCAGCCUCUCCCCCAAGGCGUGCUUAGCUUAGCAUCUGGCAGGAUCAGCCUCUAAAGAGGCAAGACAAGGCCCUAGAUUCAUGCAUUAUGGAUCUUGACCUCCAGCACUGCUGUCUCGCUUUAAGAGUAGGACUAAACACGGAGUAUUCAGCAACUGGGCCUGGUAUUCGUUUAAUUUAUUCAAGAUGUUUCAUUCAUAUGAAAAUUGUAUUUUUGUACAUAAAGAGCUUUAUUCUAUUAUGUCUGUGCUAUGGGUUUUCACAAAGACAUUUGUACCUGGUGUAAAUAAAAAUUUUAACGUUUAUACUUAA